AUGGCUCGUACACGUCGUGCCCCUCCUUCUCAUUCCCGCACGUCUGCUGCGCCUCCGCCGGCCCGCCCCACUUCUCCGCCACACAACCAACAGCAGCACCACACACAUCAGACGGCCUCAACCCCGCAGCAGCAGCCGCAAGUGACAAAUGUCUAUUUGCAACGCGGUGGCGGUGGUACGGGUAUCCUUGGCACCGUGGCCUCGGUCGCUGCGGGGUCCGUCCUCGGUCAUGGUAUUUCCAACAUGCUCUUUAAUCGUGAGCAGCCACCCACGCAGCCGGCGCAGGCGCAGGAAAUGGCACAACGAGUCGGCGAUGGUGCCUGCGCUCCACAAAUUAAGUCGUACUCCAAGUGCCUUGAAGUAAAUGCGGAGCACCCGGAAAACUGCAAAUGGGCGUGGGACUAUUUCAUCCAGUGCCAAGAUGAACAGCAACAAGGCCAGUGA